AUGGAGGUCAAGAAGCGGAUCCUGUACGCGACGCCUCACAUGGGCGGCAACAAGCUCAAGAAGCUUGCGCGCCUCCACGCGCGCAAGGGCACGAUGGACUCCUUCGUCGCCGAUCUCGAGUCGCGCCUCGACCGCUUCAUCUACCGCUGCAACCUGGUGCCGUCGAUAUUCGCGGCGCGGCAUGUGAUUGGCCACAAGCACAUCCUCGUCAACGGCUUCCCCACGAAUCGCUCCUCGCUGCUGCUCAAGCCCAUCGACUCGGAGGGCGGGCGCACACCGCUGCUGACCCUCGACCGGCUGCGGGUGCGAAAGAUCCUGCUCGCGCUGCUCGCCCUCGCGCCAGGCGCCGGCGAGUAG